GGAAAUUUCAUUUACAUCUUUACCUCUGAGCUCAAACCCUACCCAAUUUCUGUCUAUCCCUCGUCUCAGGCGAAUUGGAUCUUAAACCCAGAGGAGAUAGGAUUCUGUUGGUGAAGCGGUGCGUUUUGGGUAAAGGCAUCGUUUGGAAUCGAUUUGAUUCAGAAGAGGAGUUGGGGAUUAAGCUAUGGAUAAUGAUUCGUGGAGCGCUCGUCUCUCUUCCGCUUCGAAGCGGUACCAGUCCGCUCUUCAAUCACGAUCCGAUAUGUUCAUGGCCUUUGAAGAACUUGAUGGGGAUGAUGAUACAAGGGAGGAGUUUCCAUGUCCAUUUUGUUCAGAGUAUUUCGAGAUAGUUGGAUUGUGCUGCCACAUUGACGAUGAGCAUCCUUUGGAGGCAAAGAAUGGGGUAUGUCCUGUUUGUGCAAUGAGGGUGGGGGUUGACAUGGUUGCUCACAUUACCCUACAACAUGGAAACAUAUUCAAGAUGCAGCGCAAGAGGAAGUCACGUAAAAGUGGUAUGCAUUCUACACUAUCUUUGUUGAGGAAAGAACUGCGAGAAGGAAACUUCCAGUCUCUCUUUGGAGGGUCUUCCUGUAUAAUCUCCUCAUCCAAUGCAGCACCAGAUCCGUUGUUGUCAUCAUUUAUUUUGCCCAUGGGUGAUGACUUUCAAAGUGUUCAACCUCAGCUUUCAACUGAAGCAGGCUCAGUUAAGAAAAGCUCUGAGGAUAAAGUAUCAGAGAGAAAUAUUCAGUCAUCUCCGCUGUCUAUCAAGGAUCAGGAAGAGAAGGCAAAGAGAUGCAAGUUUGUUCGUGGGCUGUUGUUGUCUACCAUUCUGGAUGACAAUUUAUGAAGAAAGUUUGUAAUAGCUGCAUAGUAGUCUUCAUAAUUACAACCAAGAGCCCUGCAAUGUCUGGUUUGUUUGUAGUGUAUCUGCAAAUGUAUUAAACAGAGUGUGGAAUAAGAUGUAGGAAUGAGUGUAAUUUAUGUCGCAUGAUAACUUUAGUCGCUAGGCCUGAACAUACUUGUGUACGUCUUUUAAUCUCAGGUCAUAAAUUAAAAAGUAAAGAAGUGAGUUCUCCCUA